UCGCUUUGUUGACUUCUCUCAUUUGAUACACUCGCCGUUUAAUAUCCAUGUCCAUAUCCAUAUGCCUGCCAUCUCGUUGUUUAGGGUUUGCAGGAAUGGAGGGGACGAACGGCAGCACUUCUCGAUCGGAAGGCGUUGCUGCUGUCGGCGCCAACGGCGCCGACUGGCGGGCGCAGCUCGAAACCGCCGCCCGGCAGAGGAUCGUCAAUAAGAUAAUCGAGUCUCUAAAGAGGCACCUACCGAUAUCCGUUCCAGAGGGCAUUAAUGAACUUAAUAAAAUUGCUGUACGAUUCGAGGAGAAGAUAUAUACUACGGCUACUUCCCAGGCUGAUUAUUUGAAGAAAAUUUCACUGAAAUUGCUCUCUAUGGAGUCAAAGAGCGGGCAGGCUCCUGCAGGUCAUACCACAGUGCCAAACAUUUCUCAUGUGGAUCAAAUUCCUAUUUACCCAGAUCAUGAUGUGACCGGCGAGCUUCAGAAUCUGAACCUGGAAACUGAGAUUUAAGAGGAUGAGAAGGAUGAGGAGCAUUAGAAUAUAUUGUCAUGAUAAUUAUGCUGUUGAAAGUUUCUGCGCAAAGUUUGGGCUUAAGAUGUUUUAUGGAAUAAAUCCUUAAUAAAGAUUUGAAUGUAAUAGGAUUCUUGUUUUAGGAUUAUAAGUGCUUGAUCUGAAUCUUGUAGAAAAAUGCUUUGCAGGUUUGAGGUUAUGCGUGCGAGUUGUGUGCAUGAUAGUAAUAAACAUAUUUGAUAUUUCCUUUG